AUGCCAGUAACACGAGAACAAAUUCGACGAGAAACUAUUAAAGAUGAAGUAUUGCGUAAAGUUUGCCACGAACUGGAGAGUAGUUCAUCGAACCCGAACGAAACACAAACGAAGUAUAACAUGCACGAUGGAUGCAUUUUCUAUGGUAUGCGCGUUGUCAUCCCAAAAUCACUGCAACAAACAGUUUUGAACGAAUUACACGAUGCUCAUUUGGGAAUGACGAAGAUGAAGGCUAUGGCACGUAGUUACUGUUUUUGGAAUGGUAUUGAUGCCGAUAUUGAAAUGACGGUAAAGAAAUGUCGAAGUUGCUGUUUGGUUCAGAAGGAAGCCGCCAAAGUUCCAGUGCAUUCGUGGGAGUUUCCAUCGUUCCCAUUUCAACGAAUUCAUAUAGACUAUGCUGGGCCAUUCAUGAACACGAACUUUCUAUUGAUCGUCGACGCUUACAGUAAGUGGCCGGAGAUUUUUCCUACGAGGAAUACUGACACGAAAACUACGAUUCGAAUUUUGAGAAGGACGUUUGCUAGGUUUGGUAUUCCAGUUACGAUGGUUAGCGACAAUGGCCCACAAUUUCGAUCAAACGAGAUGGACACAUUUACGAAACAAAAUGGUAUUCGCCACAAAUUCACGGCGCCAUACCAUCCAGCAAGUAAUGGGCAGGCUGAACGUUAUGUGCAAAUGCUGAAGAAGGGUUUGCGUUGCAUGGCAGAUGAGCCUGGUGAUUUGGAUUUGAAGUUGGAUCGCCUGCUGAUACAAUAUCGAAAGGCACCGAACAGUACAACAGGUCAAAGUCCAGCUGAACUCAUGUUUGGGCGACAAAUCCGAACCAAAUUGGUUCUCAUGAAACGAGAUCUGACCACUGAGAUGAAUGAAAAUUCGUCGAAUGAACCAGUAUCACGAGAAUUUGUAUCAGGUGACAAAGUACAGAUACGGUCAUACCGAAACUUACGAGUUAAAUGGGAAUUUGGGACUGUAUUCGCACGAUGUGGCCUUACACAUUAUGAUGUAGAAGUGGAUGGCAGACAUCGAAAGUGUCACGUAAACCAGAUGCGACGAACGCUUUGUGAAGGAGGAGAUGAUACCCAUGCAGAUCAUUCAGAUUCGGCCUUAGAAGCCGCACCAAGUACAUCGCAACCACAUCCAACCAUUAUGUCGAAAUCAUCCGAGACAAGACCAGCGUGUGUUUCUACCGAUUCUUCGGUGAUUGACUCAACUUCACCCAUGAGAUUACCGGUUGGUCAAUCAACACCUUAUAGGCAAUCAAAUACUUGGCAACAAUCGCCGCAGCAACAGGAGUCUGAAACUGACCAAGAACCGACGUUGGUACAACCAGAUUCAGCAGAUAUUCUUCGUAGAUCAGGCCGAUUGCGUUUACCGCCAAACCGCUUGAAUUUAUAG